CACGAUGGAGACGGGCGGCUGCCGCAUGAGCGGCGCGGAGCCGAGCGGCCCGGCCGCCAUCACGCUGGAGGAUCUGGACGGCGUGGCGGAGGAGAGCGCCGACUCGGCGUACCACAGCCACGGCAGCAGCCUGGAGGAGGAGGGGGCCGAGCGCAUGGACGACGAGGAGCAGGAGCGGCUGCUGAACUACUGGCAGAGCGUGGGCAGGGGGCACCAGGUGGACGUGCCCCGCGAUAUGGCAGAGCCCAUCCAGCAGCUGACCCGGAACAACAGCCCCCAGGAGAGGCAGAGCAUCCCAUUCACCCUCAUCCAGCGCAAGGAAAAGCUCGGAGACCUGCUGUACGAAAAGCGUCAGUAUGGGAAGGCCAAGUGGGCCUGCAUAAAGAUGAAGGAGAAGCAGUACGAGCAGAGCAUCUGCCUGGGCUUCAUGAAGCUCAUGAGGUACAUCUGUGAGCAGAACUCCUCAGGGCUGUACCUGGGGAUAACCAUCCCCAUUGUGACCAUCGUCCACACCAACGAGUCUCAGUCGGAGAUGAGGCAGGCGGUGACGGUGGCAUACUACCUGCCCGAGGUGCUGCAGGAUCAGCCUCCUCAUCCUUUUGACUCCGACAUCAUCAUUGAAGAAUGGCCUUCUACUAUUGUUUAUAGCAGGAGCUUCAGAGGAAUCACCAACGAAGACUCAAUCAUGAGAGAAAUAAACCUGCUGGCGGAAAUCCUGGAGAGCCCCGAGCUGUGCCUGCAGGACACGUUCAUCAUCGCCGGCUACACAAACCCCGCUGCUGCCAACAGACACAACGAGAUCUGGUUCCUGCAGAGGCCAUAGCCUCCUGCUCCUGGUGCUCAGCCCCCCCAGAACCAGUCCUGACCUGCUGGCACCAUCCCACCUCUGGACGGGGCAGGACUGGCUGUGAGAGCCCGGGAAUCGCAGAGCGGUGGCUGGCAGCACAGCGCAAUCACUGCAGCUCGGCGAGCACACAGAGGUAACGCCUGGCACCGACAUCAUUUCCUAUGUCAACUUCUACAAUUUAUCAACAGUCAUCACAGAGAUUUUUAGCACUACAAAGAGCAGUUCACCCUAUUUAUUUUUCCCUCUAUCAGAUAAGGGAGACAGAGCCCUCCCCCAUCCCAUCCCUAGGGCAGAUCCCCAGCACCAGCUGCAGCCGCUGCCAGCAGGACACAGCACAGCACCAAGCCCACCUCCUGAAAUACAAACACCAGGUCUUCAUUUCUAAAGAGACUGCUCAGAUUUAGGGACCAGAGCAAGGAGCGAGGCCCAGCCUGUUCUGACCCCCUCUCUUGUGCAGCAGAGGCUCUCAGUGCUAACCUCAAAAAGCAUUCAACCAAAGUAACUUCAACCUCGUGAAGAGACCAAAAAGGCAGAACAGCACUAAUGCUCACUGAAAUUUGAGGGGAAAAGUUACAGUUCACCUCAUUGACACACUUACAGCCCCAUGACCCUACUUAGCACUCCUAAAUAGAAAGUGCUCGCUCUCAAUUCUUUUAGAAGUGUUUUCUGAGCACUUUUUCCUUUAGGCUUUGCAGAACGCUGCAGUGCUGCCACUGAAGCCACCUGUUGGCUGCUCCCCACAUCUCCCAGCAGUACCACCAAGGUUCAGAACCACCUCAGCCAGAAAUGCCCUCUGGCACGGCAGCUCCGAGCCCCAUGCAGUCGCUCAGAGCAUCCCUUCUGGCUGGGCUGCCCCCACCUCUCCAGGCUCUGUCCCAGCCCCUGACCACUCUCACUGUGACAGUCCCUUCCUGAUUUCUGACUUCCCACAUCUCAGCUUGUUUCCUUCAGCCACAUCCUUAGGGCAGCUCCUGCACGCAGCUGAGCACCCCCACAAAGCCCAGCUGCGUGUGGGGCUGGGGGCUGCACCCACAGUUACAGCACCUGACACUUUAGCAUUGGGUUAGCAGAUGGCUUUGCUCUCAGAAAUCCCUCCUUAAUGUCUCCCCUUACCUGAUAAUGGAAUAUAGGACUUAAUUAGUACCUUUUAAUACAAAAUUUAACAAAGCUUGUCACCAGUUAUUUGUCAGUUACCAGAGCGAUGCUUCAUAGAGAGCUUUGUGUUCUCCAGCUGCAACACACAGCGUGAAGCCCAGUGCUGGGUGUGCAGUGCUGACAGGUCAGGAGGGCUGAAGGGGUUCUGGGGCAAUGCCACCCCCACAGACCCUGCUGGAAGCGCCAGCAUCAAUGCAGAAGCUAACAAACUAAUGGAAAAUAACUUUUCUAAAGCUGACCUGAGUUUAGAGCCCAGGGAGGCAUGAAAUGAUAAGCUUUGCUCCUCUCACGCCCUUGUUCCCCCACCCCCUCCAGCAAUACAGCAAAUAAAAAACAGAUUUCCACCUUUGACAAGAUUUGUCAAAUUAAAUUUUGCCAGUGACAGAAGCACCCAAGGAGGCUGUGGAUGCCCCAGCCCUGCAGGCAUUCAAGGCCAGGCUGGAUGUGGCUCUGGGCAGCCUGGGCUGCUGGUUGGCCACCUGCACACAGCAGGGCUUGGAGCUGGAUGAGCACUGUGCUCCUGUGCAACCCAGGCCACGCUGUGGUUCUGGCACAUCAAACACAAAGUACCCAUUGGAAGCAGUUAACCCUCUCACCACAAAGCAUUGGUUUGUACAUAUUUUAUACUUCAAAUGCCUUUUGUUUGCUGCUAUCAUGUCUCUUUCCAUAGGCAGCCCUCACCGAAACACUUCUGUGGCUCAGCUACUUGUGGGUAUGUCACAGAAACACCUUGUUACCAAACACACAGCACCUGCUGAGCGUGCUGGCAAUACCUGCAGCGAGUGCUCAGUGUUGUUCAAUGUAAAACUGUGAAGUCUGGGGUAGUAGUGAUGCUGACUUAGGUUAGGCUGCUUCUGCUGCUGAGAAAGAACCAACAAAUCCUAAUUUGAAGAUAUGGAACACUUCUGUGAAUGGCCCCCCGAGGCACAGAGCUGCGUUUGCUCAUUGCCACCACGAGAUCAGCCUCACAGUCAGUCCCUGAAGGCCAAGGAGGUGUUACAGGGACUCAGAUGGAUCAUCUCCAAGUCCCACACGAGUCCCUAACCCCUGUUAUUGGAACAGGCACUGCAUUAUUCACCUGCAGCUCUGCUUUGUAAGCUCUUAAUUAAAGGACUGUCAUUUUUAAUUAGAAGCAUUUGAUUUCCGCUAUCCAAAGGCGAUAGUAAAACAGAUUCCCCCCUAUUUCUGGAAGAUUAAAUGCUGUAGCCUUAACAGAUGAACGCUGUCCCGCAUACUGCGUGUUUUCCACACAAGUGUUAGUGCCUAAAACGUCUGUUCCAGCUUUGUGACGCCCAGGGCCUUGCUUACUGUGUGCAUCCAAGUGCAAGCAUCGGCAAGCUGCGCUGUUUUACGCUGCCCUUUGUUUUUACUUCUGUGUUGUCUUGUUUACUGUUACCGAUUCUCAAAGUAAAGGUGAUGAUUUUAUUGUGCGCAGAG